GGCAGCUUAUAAGCACUUCUUCGACACGGCUAUCCACACCCACACCCACACUCCUACAUCACACUACUACCACCUCGCUUGUUCUCCUCAUUACUACCACCAUUUCCAUCACCUCGAAGAUACCCCUCGUCAUGGCUAUCCGAGCAAACACCCAGCGCGGAGUCAAUGGCGCUGCCCCGCCUGGUCGUGGCCUCGUCGUCAACUCCGCGGUCGCCAAAGCCGGUGGUGGUGAUGGCACAAGCGCUUCCGCGGGUUGCAACAAUAACAAUCCGCCUUCUCCCCCUGAGCAGCACGUAGAUGCCGAUACGGAGUUGGUAACCACGACGCCUGAGGACGCGAAUGCCACCAACGAGCUUGCGAUCUCGAACUCUGGCGACCAGCGUGUAGGCGCCGAAGCAGCAGGCCAGAUGGACGUCGAUUCGUCGGUGGAGGGUUCUGAAGCGCGCCUCCGGCGCCUGUUUUCCACAUUCACUUCAUCUAACGAUCGCGUGAAUUUCAGUGGAAACCCCCAGGUGAUCGGGAUGGAGGGGCUCACCCUUGAGCCGAGGGACAAUUCUACUGUCCGUGGCGAUUCUGCUUCGCCUUCCAACAACAUCGAAGACGUGGACGGUGAGGACACGGAUUCUGAUCGCACCAAUGCGCCUGUUGCGUCCACUUCGCCUUUGCCAUCCGAGUAUCGUGCAGACACAUCGGAGCAGAAGCCGAUUGACCGGGAAGCAGAGGUCAUCUUGGAGCCUGUCAAAGAGGAGUUAGAAAAGCUCGGUCAACCCCUCCCACCCGCAGAACUCCAGCUCAAGAUGAAGCCCGGCAUGCAGAUCAUCAAGGAGCGACUCCUCCCCAUCGGCGAGUUUAUCGUACGCUACGUGGGUUCCUUGGAGGACAAAGAUCGAGGUCGUAUGGAGCUUAAGCUAUGUCAGUACAUAGCAGACCACCACUGGCCUAUUCACUCCCCACCUCUCGAGCCGCAUCUCCACAUCCAGGAGAUUUACCGAAACAUGAUCUUCAAGCGCAUUGUCAAUGGAUCCCACGGCACGGUCAACGAAGCUCUUCACCUCUUUGCAGAUGAGGAGAAAGACGCACCAUCUUCGUCUCCUCUGCCUCUUCGCAACCGGACUGAAUCUGCGUCGGCUUCCGCAUCGAUGCACGAACAAGGGAACGAGGCUGGAAACACGACCACGGGCUCGGUGCGCACCACCGAAGCCAUGUUGGCCGAGCUUUUCGCGCGGCUUCAAAAACCCAACACCCACGGCCAUUUUUCGUAG